AAACUUGGUAAUCAUUUGAUGUGUGGUAAACAAAAUUGUAAACAAACGCAGUUUGGCAACACGGUUUUGACAGAAGUAAACAACUUGUCAAAUGUCAUUAAUGUAGUGUUGCAGUGCAAUAAUCCUCAACCCCUUGAUUAAAGACAACCCCACGAUAAAAAUUAGUAAACUGACAACAACAUAAUCGUCGUCGACUUCUAUUAAACCUCGGAACAACCACGAAGCGAAAAUGGAAUCCGCAUCCCCUACGCUGAUGCCGGACAACAUCCUGGAGUCGAUAUUCUCGUACCUCUCGUUGGACGACCUCCGCAACUGCUCGCUGGUCUGCAAGCGUUGGUACAGCUUUCUGAACGAUGAGAACAACGACGUGUGGCGCAUGCACUGCAUCCGCAAGCUGGCCGAAGAGGCGCUCAAAUUGGACAUACUCUCGUCCGUGCCCACGUACAAGGCGAAGUUGCGGGCCUUCUAUCACGCCUGGAAUCCGAACGACUGUUCGCGCAACAUCUACAUCAAACCGAACGGGUUCACGUUGCACCGGAACCCGGUGGCCCAGAGCACGGACGCCUCGCGGGGGAAGAUCGGCUUCCGGCACGGCAGGCACGCCUGGGAGGUGAUCUGGGAGGGUCCGCUGGGCACGGUGGCGGUUAUAGGUAUAGCCACCAAGGAUGCGCCGCUGCAGUGUCACGGGUACGUCGCGUUGCUGGGCAGCGACGACCAGAGCUGGGGCUGGAACCUGGUGGACAAUCAUCUGUUGCAUAACGGAGACGCCCAGGGGAACUAUCCCAUGUUGAACAACGCUCCCAAGUACCAGGUUGGUGAAAGGAUUAGAGUCAUCCUGGAUUGUGAUGACAACACCCUAUCGUUUGAGAAAAACUAUGAAUUUUUGGGGGUUGCAUUUAGAGGGUUGCCGGAUAAGAAGCUGUAUCCAACAGUAAGUGCAGUGUACGGCAACACGGAGGUUUCAAUGGUGUACCUCGGACCGCCCUUAGAUGGCUAACAAUAGCUGCUAACAAAUAAACUUUUCAAAAGUGACUAUGAAACAAGCCUAUGAAGCGAGAACAGUUUCUCAGUUACGCGUCGAGACGAGUUGGGCUCUGGUCAGUUCUGGUUUGCCAUGUGAUAUAAUAUAAAUAUUUUACUUGUUCGGACACAACGGUUCGAGUUGUCUCCGACUUAGUUAAGCAAUGUCCCGAUUCCCUUGGUCGAUCUCCGGUUCAUGUUUGUGUAUAGCAAUGUGUAAAUAGUUUGCUUUUAUUUGUUUGUUGGACUGGGGGUCGAUGCGGCGGAGUAUAAUCGCAUUCGUGAACGUUUUAGUUCAUGUUUUAUUCAGUUGUGACUCCACAGUUCCGGUUUUUGACCCAUCUUAGUGUCCGGUUUUAGUCUAACGAUAAUUAUAUAAAGUACUGAAAUAAAUGAGCACUUCGAUGUUUUGCCACUGUAAAAAAUAUUUGCUGAUCUCAGGGAAAUUUUAUUCGUAAACCCACUUUUUAUUUUAAUUCGCAUAAUUUACAAUACAACUGCCAAUCGCAAGAACUGUUACUUUGUGUUUUGUUGCAGUGCGAUUUAUUAAUAGGAAUUUACGUGAAAAGGGAUUUGAAGUUGUGCUAGGUGAAUUCGAUUUCCUUCCAUGUAUUCUAGUCCAGUAUUUUUUAGAAAUGAUUGUACACUAUAAGUAAAAUAUUCGUCACAUUGUCUGCAUAUUUUGAUACGGUCAUCAAAAUUAAUAAAAUAAACACGGAUCGAUUCGAUUAAGUUAAUGAAGCUAAAAAGUAAUGAAAAACCAAUGAUGCCUUGUAGAUUUGGCAGUAGAUUAUGACCUUUUAAAAUAAUUUAUUUCUGUGAUAUUGUUUCGGGUAUGUUGUAAUUUCGUUCUGGACCUUUUCCUGCGAAAAGGCCGAAUUUAAUUUGUGCCCCCUGCUGAAAAUAUGAAGUGCGUGAGCCGCAAAUAACUUCAAAUUUAGAUUAGGAACGAAAUUAUUUUUGUAUUCAAAUAAAUGCACCGUUUCGACUUUUUAUAAAUCAUAAGUCACUACUUCAUAUUUUUACUUUGAUUGAUUUAAGUACAAAACGUUGUAAAUAUUAUUCCAAAUGUAUUAAGCAAUUGACAAUUGUAUUGCUGCAAUCUCGUACCUAUUUAAUUAAUUUAUUUUACUUAUUUUGUAGGACUUAAAUACAUUAUUAAAAGUGCAUAUUGCAUUUGACUGUUUUAGACUGUACUUAAUAAAUAAAUUAUUGCACUUU